AUGCGAGGCGAGGCAGUAUCAGACCCUGGAUCGACGCUGUCAGGCCUUGUCUUUGCUUCACAUCUUCUCCGGUCAAAUGGUCGACUUCAUCCAGGCCUCUCCCAAACUCAGACUCCGAUCGCUGGCACCCGCAGAGCUGCGACAAGAUCGGAUGAUUUCUUUGCGAUGACUGACUGCAGCGAUGCAAGCGACCGGAUUCCGGCGCUGCCUGCUGAGCUCCUUGCGAGGGUCAUAGCGAGCCUCGUACCGGCUGUAGAUCGGAACGCGUCUACGUUGCCGCAUCCGCAUGGACCACAUCUCGAUUACACGCCGGCACUUCCGCGCUCGCCGAACGGCGACCUCCUCUCAGUUGCACUGUCUAGCCAGCUACUUCAUGACCUGGCCAGUCACGCCCUAUACCGGACCCCGCUUCUUCGCACGCUCAAGUCGCUCAAUCUUUUGGCAGCAACUAUUGCCGCCGAGGUCAAGAAGCAGAACGGCGCGUCUUCCACCAAUCACAGCGGCGAAAGCAGCCGUGCAACCCAUAUCCGCUCGAUACAUUUGCCGCCAGGUGACGGUCUUCUGCAGCCUGGCGACACCCUAGCUGAUCAAACGUGCUACGUGGAAAGCCUUCGCAUCCUUUUCGACAAUGCGAGCCGACUAGAUUUUGUUUCACUCGAUCACCGUCAAGCCGGAGCAGCACUGCUCGAAUUCCUUCGACCCUCGACGGUAUGUCGACCACGCCGGAUCACCCUAUCCAACCUGUCGUUCUCUGCGCCGCCGUUCUCAACAACGAAAUCGCUAGCCCCUUUGUCGAAGCUCACCCACUUGCAUCUGAUCAAGAUCGUGCCUCCGCCAGCAUUGAUAUCCUUCCUCGUUGGUGAACAGAUCAACGCCGACGAACAGGGCAAUGUACCCCGAAGCAUCAAAGCAGGUCUUUCGCCGCGAAAGACACUCGAAUGUUUGCGGCUGUCGCUGCUGCCGCCGGAUGCGUUGGUCGACUUUGAAGCCUACAUCGCAUGGAGAAAGGCGUGGAAGGUGUACGAGAAGCUUUCAGCCCAAGAACAGGCACGUGAGCCUGCACCGCGCGCACCUCGCGGACCCGCGAGGAGGUUCGCCGUACAGGAAGCGUUGUACGACCUUGCAGUCCAUUCGUCAUGUCUGCCGAGGUUGAGGCUGCUUUUGCUGGAGCUGAGUCCGUUGGGUCCUCUGCCAUCGCCAAUGGAGGAAGAGAGGGAGAUGAUCGCAUCGCGGAGUGGGAGUACAGCGUCCUCGUUGCGGCAGUCACAAUCUAUGGAUGCAAGAGCGACGCGCUCUGAUGCAAGUCAUUUUCACGACGCAGUUGGCAGCUCUCGACGAGCAGCAGCACGGAACGCAUUCCCGAGCGUACCAGCCAAUGGACACUCUGAUGGCGGCUUGGUACAAUAUCCAGAACAGGCGGGCAGCGCCAGCAAUGGGCGCGGUCCACACAUUGACCAAAUUGGACACGCAGAAUCAUUUGGAGCGACGCCCGAAGAGCUGCGGAUAGGUGACCGUGACGACUACUGGCGUUCCAUCGAAAGUGGCCAAGCAGCGCUGGUCGAUCUUUGGUCUGCGUCGCGACGAUCCACUGACAGCGAAACACAGAUCGAAUCGUCUCCGGAGAUCCGUGUGGUUGCGGCUAGGCCGAAUGGCCACGACCGACGCGAGGGCUUCCAAGACUUUUUCUGUCAAGCGCAACAUGAUGCUGCCACCGUCACAGCUCCUGUCUCCGCCCAUCAACGGUAUCACACCUCUGCUUCGGAGGCUCCGACUGAAAGAGGGAGCAGAGACCGAGAAGUGGCUAGCGAGGUCGGAUGCUGGGCAGAUCCCGACAUUUUCUCCCUCGUCAGCACUGUGCCGUAUCUCUCCUUCAAGUCGGUCGGCGAACCCGACCAAGGCUGGUACUGGACAGGCGAGCUGCCUCGCGAGACCCAACAGCCGUCACGGCUUGUCAUUCCGUCACUCGUCAAGCGAUCAUGA